ACAUCGCCCUCGACACCAGACACAUCUUCACAUCGGAACACACACCUGCGACAACGAGAAUCCUAGCAGCGUCCAGGAUACAAUUCGAGAUGGGCGUGCCGACCUCCCGGGCGUGACGAGGGCGUGAGGCAGCAGAGACGACGUCAAGGCGGCCGCCAUGGACAGCUGGCGCCCCAACCCGCGGGCGCCGCCCUUCGUGCCCCGACGCUCCUCCCUGAGGCGCAUGGGCGUGGGCGUGGGCGGCUCUUCGAGCAGCAGCGCGGGCGGGCUCGGGAGCUACCACCGCCACCUCCCCCUCCUCCCCCGCGGGCGCCGCCUGGCCAAGCUCCUGCAGGGCCUGCUGAUGCUGGUGCUAGUCGCCACGAUCGCCAUCAACGUGACCUUCAUCGUGGAGAAGACGCGGCAGCUGCGGGAGCCGCUGGUCGCCGCAGGUAGCGAGAGCGACGUGGGCGGCGCGGGCGUGGGGCGCAGGAACAACCUCCGCCUUCAGGAAUCGCCGCCCAAGACACUCACCGUCGACGUCGUGUCCAGCCAGACGCGCGUGUCAGUCACCGUCGACGGCGCUACGAUCGUGGAGGACAGCGAGGAGCGCAAGGGGCGCGGCAUCCACGUGCUGGUGCUGCACCAGGCCAGCGGCGCCGUCAUGGCCCAGCGGGUGUUCGACACGUACUCGCCGCAUGAGGACGAGGCCAUGACGCUGUUCCUCAACAUGGUGUCCCCCGGGAGGAUCCUCGUCCUGGCCAUCAAGGACGAGGGAACGUUCCAGAUGAAGAACGGCGGGCGGGACGCGCUGCGACGCCUGGGCAGCACGCACGCCCACGAGCUCGGGUGGCGAGACAUGUGGGCGAUGGUGGCCGUGAAGGGCGGCCGCGUGUACGGGGAGCAGCUCGCCCACAGCCCCGACUUCAACACGUGGGGCUCGGCCGUCAUGCUGCGGGCGGAGGUCCCCCUCGUGCCAUUCGAAGAGAGCGACUGCGGGUGGCCGGACACGGAGGAGCACCGCCGCCGGAGGGAAUUCUGCAGCCACAUCGAGGGCUACGGCUCCGUGUGCUCGUGCAGCGACCCCGCGCCCCUCGCCUUCACCACCGAGCCUCUCCUCAACAACCAGGUGCACGAUGUCCCCGUCGCUAUCAUCGCCAGCAACCGUCCACACUAUCUGUACAGAUCCCUCCGCUCGUUGUUAGCGGCCCCUGGAGUGAACCCCGACAUGAUAACCGUUUUUAUCGACGGCUAUUACGAAGAACCUCUCGCCGUGACCAAGCUUUUCGGUCUGAGGGGAAUCCAGCAUACGCCGCUUGGGGUCAGGAACGCCCGCAUCACCCAGCACUACAAGGCCUCCCUCACCGCCACCUUCAACAUCUUCCCGGCGGCGCGCUACGCCAUCAUCCUGGAAGAAGACCUCGAUGUUUCUCCGGACUUCUUCAGUUACUUCAGUCAAACCCUAAGACUGUUAGAAGAGGACCCCACAGUGUACUGCAUCAGCGCCUGGAACGACCAAGGCUACGAGCACACCAGCAGUGACCCGGCGCUCCUGUACCGGGUGGAGACCAUGCCCGGCCUCGGCUGGAUUCUCAAGCGGUCGCUCUACAAGGACGAGCUGGAGUCGAAGUGGCCGACGCCGGAGAAGAUGUGGGACUGGGACAUGUGGAUGCGUCUCGGGGAGGUCCGGCGUGGGCGCGAGUGCAUCGUUCCGGACGUGUCUCGCACUUACCACUUCGGGUCCUCGGGCCUCAACAUGAACUCGUACUUCCAAGACACUUAUUUCAAGAAGCACUCGUUCAACACGCUGCCCUACGUCGAACUGCGGGAUCUCGACACCUUGAAGAAGGAUGCCUACGAAGAAUUGAUCACAGGGAUGCUGCGCAGGGGAACAGUCCUUGAUCAUUCCCGAAGUCCUUGCGAGGAUACCUUUAUUCCAGACACCACAGGCCACACCUACCUGCUGUUCAUCCACAUGGAGCACCACAAAGAUUAUUCCACUUGGUUGCAGGUCGCCAAGUGUCUUCGAAUUUGGGACCUUGACAGCAGGGGAUAUCACCAUGGCAUGUGGAGACUUAAUAUGAAAUCCAAUCCCCUGUUGAUUAUUGGCGUGCCUUUCUCCCAGUAUUCAAAAUUCAAACCCCCUGAUUUAAAACCUCUGCGCAUGGAAGCAACGUCAGCCAAAGAUAACAAUUUGCCUUGGUGGUUCUGGAACCAAAAUAUGCUGUGAUGUACGAUUUGGUCGUGAUGUGGUGUGAGAGAGAGAGGGAUUCUAGUGAUUCUGUGAAUCUGAGGAACAAGAAGAGGAAUGGAUAAACAAACCCAGCAUGGAUAGAGAUACUUUGAUGAAGGAUGCUGUGCUCCGCCAAAUGUGAUGACUAGACUAAUCAUCGACUCUGUGUGAGAUAUUUUGUAGAUGCAUUGAUGCCAUACGUUAAAUGGUGUUGAACUGCAAGUGACAUUGAACUUCUGUGUAAUGAAGCAGCUGGCUGUGCACACAUUAAUGCUCUAGACAUAGUUAUUAGUGACUGCCUUAUUAAUGCCCAAUAAGACAUCAUCACCCGAUAUAUACAGAGCCUCAGACUUGGAAAAAGUGCGAAACUUCAACCACUUUUUUGAAAGUUGGUUGUUGACCCUCUUUCUGUUCUUUAAUAGCAGUGACUUAACAGUUAAUUAUUCAUAUAUUCAGAAAUAUUUUCAAAAUGGCAUUUAGCUCCUAAAGAUCCCCUUGUUUAUUUCGACAAGUAUUAGAGGUAUCAUUAAAAUCCAGUACCGUAUGGAGCCUUAAAUUCUGCAUUUUGUUCAUAAAAUUCAAGUCUUAUGAUACCUAAUUUCAAGUUAUUAAGGUCUUCCAGAAGUUGGAAUACGUGUUAAAUAUUUCAUGUAAAUCUACAAAUUGCAGUGAAUCAGAUUUAAGAAUGUGUUUGUUGUGCAAACCAAAGUUGUAUAUGAUGUUCUAUACCUUGUUAAAGUGCAUCUUAUGUAAUCUCCAUAUCCACUGUUAAAAAGAAUACAUUAUUAAAAAGACUUACAAAAAUAUGUAUGUAGGAGAGACUAAUGAAUGUUUCUAUAUUCU